AUGGCUGUGGAUUACCUGACGGGCACGAUCAUCAUGACACCCAGCAGCAGCAGCAAGCACACUGGGGCCACUGGGGCCACUCCCACUCCCACCCUUGCUGCUAGCACCACAAGCAACAACACCACCAGCAGCACUGGCGCCAGCAGCAUGAUAAGCGCGCCAAGGCAGCCUCAGGGGUCUACGCAGCAGCUCUCAUCUGCCGCGAUUCCCGCAGCAAGCUGCGGCUGUCACGUGGGGGCGGGGGCUAAUCCGGGAGCCAGUGGCGCCCCCGCGUGGGCGCUGUUCCUGCAUUGGGCAGCGGUGGACGCGGAGCAGCUGAGGCGCGUUCCGCAGGACCUACUACCCCUCACUCCUGCCACCCACCCGUCACAGCUGCCGCCCGGUUUCGACCCAGCCGCGCACUUCCGGGCGGCAGGCAGGCCGCCCGCGUCGAUCAUUUUCUUCCGGGUGACGUACCUGAACACGCACAACCACAGUGAGCCACCCAUUGGGCUCCGGUUUGCGCCCUUUGGGGGGUUACCAGGUGAUGCAGCUGCUGCAGCUUGUCACGCUGGGGGUGUUUACUGCAGUCAGAUACCGGAUGCGGGUGUUGCUGCUGCUGCGGCUGGUUUAGUUGGGGUGGGCUUUCGUGUGACGCGCGCCUCUCCUGCCCCCCACGCCUCUCCCUCCUCUCACGUGUCUGCCGCAACUCAAGUGUCCUCUGCCUCCCUCACUGCCUCUCACCCGUCUCACUCAUCGCCCGCUUCUGCUGUCGCGACUCACGCAUUCACGCCACCCAGGCCGAUCAAAGUGAGCUUCUCUCCUCCGGCCGACCCUGCCCUUGCAGCCACUUCCCCUCCAAACGCCGCUUUACAUGACCCCCAAUUCAACACCCCAUUACACGCCCCUCUUUACGCCCCAGUAAGUGCCCCUGCGGACUCGCAAUCUCUGCUGCUCUCUGUGCUCCGUGCCAAUCUCUCCCGCGCUGACCUCUUGUCAAGCCCCCACGGUGACGGCAGCAACCCGAUCAGCAGCACUGGCGAGAGGAACGACAGCUGGCGCGACGUGGCGGGCGGCGGUGGUAACUCCGGGCGGCCUAUGAGCAGAAGCGGCAGCGCCACUGAUGCGGGUGCGGCUCUUGUGCCUACCCCUGUGGCGGGCAGCGGUGAUUGUUACGGGCGGCCUACGAGCGGAACCGGCAGCGCCACUGAUGUGGGUGCAGCUGUUGUGGCUUCCCCGGUAGCGGGUGGCGGCAUUGGCGGUUACGGGUGGUCUAUGAGCAGGAGCAGCGCGACCAAUGCAGAAGCACACGUGGCGGCUGGUGACCAGUUUGAUGACUCAGCGCCACGUCAGCUGCAGGGGCUGCUGGAGGAUAUGGUGCCACGUCAGCUGCUGCAGGGCUCGCAGCGAGUCAGAGAAGCAGGACAGUAUCGGGCACCGUCUGAUGCUGCUGCAGCAGCGUUCCAAACUCCAGCCACAUCAGUAGCACCGGAUAAGGCACCGCAUGCAGCAGCAGCAGCAGCAGUGCCUUUCCAGACCACCGAAAGCAUUGCAGUGGAAGCGGAACGAUCGGCGCAGCGGCAGCUGUGGGCCCCCCUUGAAGCUCAAGCCACCUCUGUUGCACCUGCCGUUGCCGUGGGGCUUGAUGGCUUGGCCGGCAUGGGCGGCAUGGGCGGUGUGGGCGGCGUGGGCAUGAGCGGCAUGGGGGAGGACGAGUUGCUGGUGGAGGCGGCAGCGUGGCUGGCAGAGCAGGGAGGGCUGGAGGCACUUGAUUGGCUGCCGGACCUGACAGGGCGUAACGGUCGAAUUGACGCGACUCGCAGCGCGGAAGGGGGGAGCGGGGACCGCGAUGGGCCGGUGGAUGAAAGGGCUGGUGCUACAGCCACGGACGAUGCUUCCGACAAACGGCCGCGCGUCAGUAACGAGAACGACUAUAACGGGGCUGCUAAUAACGAUUCUGGUUCAACCGGGGACGCGGCGCGGCUGAUGUGGGACGUGAGCGGGCUCGAUCUGGUGCAGGUGGCGCUGGAGGCGAGCCGCGUGACGGACGGCCCGCGAUUCCUGGCGCCGUGCGGCGUGCGACGCGAGCUGCCGCUGCUCGUGUAUCUUCCCGGGCUGGACGGCACGGGCGUGUUCUUGGAGCGCCAUCUGGAGGGCUUAAAGCCGUGCUUCGACGUGCGUUGCCUCUGCAUCCCGGCUGCUGACACUUCCACCUAUGGCCAGCUCGCCCAGCUAGUGGCGGAGCUCAUUCAGCGCGAAAAUGACCUAAGAAGCGCCAGUACCCUCGCCCAAGCCGCCAUGGGUGUGGGAGCCGUGAGAUAUGCCUCGGAUGAUGAGAUGCCGCGAGGGACGAGCACACCCGCACCAGAAGAAGCAGAAGCGGCAGCAGCAGUGACGGUGGUUGCAGAGUCGUUUGGAGCUGGGGUGGCGCUCUCCCUCUCUGCCUCCCAUGCUAGCCUGGUUGCACACCUCGUCAUCUGCAACAGUGCCAGUGGCUUUCGCCGCCAGCCAGCCCUUCAGCUCGGAGCCUUGCUGGCACCCUUUGCACCUGACAUUCCUGCCCUAGCGCAGCUCUCCUCCUUGGCCCUUGCACCUCUCCUCUCUGAUUGGGACAGCCUGGGGGAGCGAGAAAGGACCCUCAUCACCCCGCCCUUCAGCACGACGGUGCUUCCAGCAGCAACAGUGGCGCGCCGAGUUGCCAUGAUGGCAGCGCUACAGCCGUCAGAUGCCAUGCUACAGUCCAUCACAGCCAGCACUCUGCUCAUUGCCAGCGGGGAGGACCGGCUGAUACCAUCAGUGGAGGAGGCAUACGGGCUAGCGACGUGCAUCCCGUCGUGCCGCAUCAAGAUUCUGCCUUUCUCCGGCCACACUGCCCUGCUAGAGGCGGGCGUUUCUCUGCAGGACAUUCUGCAGGAGAGUGGGGUGCUGCUGCCCUCUGCUGCCUUCCCUCUCGACCCUGUCCCUCCCUCUGACGACGAGCACGAGCUUGCUUUUAGCGAGGGUGAUGAGCCAGCUAAUAGCGAGGAUGGGUCGGCAGUGCAUGCUCAAAGGAGCAGCAAUGCAGCUAGCAGAGGCAGCAGCGGCGGCAGCAACAGCACCGGCAGUGCUCUGUAUGCUGCGGAACCUGCAGCGGACAGUGCAAGCCGAAUCACGUCUACAGGGUUCCAUGAGUCUACGAUGGGGGAGAUGAGUAUUGGCAGCAUGGGUGGCAGCACAGCAUCAAGUGGGGCAGGCAAAAGUUCAGGUGAAAUUUCAGGUGGAGUGGAGGGUGCAGCAGGGUACAGCAGUGAGGAGGGGGAGUUUAGCAUGGAGGGGAAGGACUGGGAUGAUGCUGACGCUCGGAAGGACGGGGGUUCGGCGGAGGUUUGGAAGGGGAUGGAGAAGGGGAGAGUGGAAACUAGAGGGGUUGUGGGAGGGGGAGGUGGAAAAGGAGGGAUAGUGAGGAGUUUACGGGAGUGGAGCAAGGGGAGGAGGGAAGAGGGCAGAGGAGAGGAGGGAGUGCGGAAGAGCUUGUGGGUAGAGAAUGAUGUGGUGCGGAAGGAGGAUGAGGGUAGAGGUGAGAGGCAGGGAGGAGGGAAGGAAAGACAACGGGAGGGACUGCAAGGGAAUCAAGGGGAGCAAGUCAACAAGGCCAAGCGUGGUUUGAGGCUGGAUGGGUACUAUGAGAUGAUGAAGGGUAAAGGGGAUGCCGCAUGGGCUGAUCGCAUGUUCCCUCAAGCUGCCUCUGCUUCUGAAGCUGCCUCUGCCUCUCAAGCUGCACCUGAUUCUCUCUCCUCUCAGUCCGCUUUGGGUUCCCCACCCCAGUCCAAAGCUACAACAUCUGCUGCCUCCCGUUCUGUGCGUGCUAAUAACGGGCAUGCAGAGAGGGGUGCAGAGGGCAGUGGUGGUGGUGGUGCCUGUUCUGCUGCUGCAGCUGCGCGUUCUGGUGCUCCUGAUGCAGCUAAUGGAGCUGCACUCCCCAGUUCUACUAGUGCCACAAAUGCACUGGAGGGUAUGCUGGAUGACAUGCCUCAGUACCGCCUCUGGAACUGGGUGGCCGGGCCUCUCUAUGUUGGUACGUGUGGGUGUGUGUGUGUGAUAUGGUCAUGGUGUGCUGCAUGCCGUGUGGUGCGUGCCGUGUGGUGUGUGCCGUGUGGUGUGUGCCGUGUGGUGUGUGCCGUGUGGUGUGUGCCGUGUGGUGUGUGCCGUGUGGUGUGUGCCGUGUGCUGCGUGCCGUGUGCUGCGUGCCGUGUGGUGUGUGUGUGCCGUGUGGUGUGUGCCGUGUGGUGUGUGCCGUGUGCUGCGUGCCGUGUGCUGCGUGCCGUGUGGUGUGUGUGUGCCGUGUGGUGUGUGCCGUGUGGGUUGGAGAAGAUUCCGCGCAACGAGGGGAAGCUGCUGUUUGUGGGCAACCACACCAUCUUCGGCAUCUAUGACAUGCCGCUCAUGAUCCGAGACAUUCACAUGCGCACGGGAGUCACGUUAAGAGGGCUGGGCGCGCCCACCCACUGGCAGGGGCCCUUUGCUGCCCAGUUCACCAAAUACGGCGCCGUGCGGGUAUCCCCCCGAGCAUGCUACCAGCUGCUGAGGGAGGGGGAGAACUUGCUGCUGUACCCGGGGGGCGGCAGGGAGGUGGGGAAGCGGAAGAACGAGAAGUACAAGCUGUUCUGGCGCGAUACGACUGACUUUGUGCGCAUCGCAGUGCGCUGUGGUGCCACCAUCGUGCCGUUUUCUACUAUCGGGGUGGAAGACGCAUUUGACGUGCUCAUGGACCCCGAGGAAAUUAUGUCCUCUCCCAUUGGCCCCUGGCUGAAGCCAGCACUGCAGGCCACGGGCAUGCAGUCGCCCCCCUUCCCCCUCGCCUCCAAUGCCGGCCUGUUGCCGCGCCCCCAGCGCCUCUACUUCCUCUUCUCUGACCCCAUCCGCACGGACGGGCUUGACCCCACGAUCAUACGAGACAAGGAGGAGUGCAGCAGGAUCUACCAGAUGGUGCGGGGGAGAGUGGAGGGCGGAAUAGAGCAGCUCAAGGAGAUGCGCCGGGCGGACCCCUUGCGAGAAACGCUUCCCAGAAUUGCGGUCAACCUUCUGGAUGGCUGGGAUGGCACUUAA